UACAGUCUCCGGGAGGAGAGCGGCUGGUUGUGCCGCACCGGGGAAGAGGCGGCCGCGCCUCGGGUGACGUUACCCUGGCUGUGCCAGUGGCUCCAGGGCCCAGGCCCGGGUCCGUUACCACCUGUGUCCGUCCAACCGCGGCGCGCGGGCGGACACGGGUCUGAUCGUUCCUGAAACCGGAUCAGCGCAAGUUGCGCUUCGCCACCUGAGGAUUCCGAGGCAGUGUUACCCGGAGGCUUGGCUUCGGAGGAAGGCGAGCAAGGUGGCUAUAUGCUGGGCCAAAGCGAGGGAUAGGACCGGGCGCCAGUAUCGGCCAGUUACAUGCUAGUUGGGUGACUGAGUUAAGUCACGGAUCUGGGGUUCAUGAUCCUUAAGGCAUUAAGAAACGGAUAAUGUUUCCUUGAAUUUGCUUCUGUGUUUGCUUUAUCAAUGUUUCCCAUAUUGAAUAUCUUAAGAGAGAUGCUGGAAUAUUUCGGUGUUCCCAUGGACCAGGUUUUGCAGAUUUGGGGAAAUAAAGGCUAUGGAUCGGCUCGGAGUAUUGUUCGUAUUAUUGGGAGAAUUCUUCCUUUGGAACCUUGCCGCAGGCCUGAUUUUGAGCUGAUCCCACUCUUGAACUCUGUAGACUCUGGCAACUGUGGAUCCGUAGUUCCAUCUUUCGCUGAUAUUUUGUGUGUGGCGAAUGAUGAAGAAGCCAGUUAUCUCAGAUUUCGAAAUGGAAUAUGGAAAAAUGAGGAAGAAGAGAAAAGUGAAUUUUUCCAUCCUUUGCAAUUAGUUUGGGAUCCACUGUCACCUGCUCCAAGACAUAACAAAUCAAUGGAAAAUUCUCAGCCUGUAAGUGAAGCUGCAAUUAAGAAAAUAGCCGCCCUUGAAGACGAACUAACUUUUCUUCGCUCUCAGAUUGCUGCAAUUGUGGAAAUGCAGCAACCGAAAAACAGUACAAAUUCUGGCUCCUUUGCCUCGACUGACAGGCCUGGUGGUUUGGGACAAGUGCCGUCAUCGGGGACUGCUCACCUGAGUGUCCAACCGGAUCCAUUUUCAAGUUCAGUGCUUCCCGCUCCUCCUCCUCCACCCCCUCUGCCCCCUCAGUUUUCUCCUCUCCAGCCUCCACGUUCUCCUGUGCAGCCAGGAUAUCCUACAACUUGUGACUCAGCUAAUUCAGCAACUGAAAUGAAAAAACAGCACCCAGGUGCUAGUAAGGCCAGCUACAGUCGUCAUUCCAAACCCCAGAGAAACAAAGAUGUUCCAAACAUGUUGGAUGUCCUCAAAGAUAUGAAUAAGAUCAAACUUCGUGCUAUUGAACGGUCACCUGGAGGCAGACCCAUUCAUAAGAGGAAGAGACACAGUUCACAGUGGGACCCAGUGGCUGUAAUAUCCCAGGCACUCAAGCAGAAAUUUGCAUUCCAAGAAGAUGAUUCCUUUGACAAAGAAAAUAGGUCUUGGGAGCCUUCUCCAUUUUCAAGUCCAGAAACGUCAAGGUUUUGACAUCACAUUUUUACGGCUGGAAGGACAGUGAACUAAAGGAAGAACUGGCAAACACAGAAGGUGUUGUGCCCAAGGUGUGGACGGCGCCAGCUGUGUCCACACUCUCCAGGGAGGGUCCCAGAGAUGUGCCGGCGUGGCUCUCACGAUGCGCCCCUCUUCUGCUGGUGAAACUCAGUGAAGCCUGUACACCAGGGUGUAUUGGUGCAGAGGUUAGAAAAGUCCUGACUCUUAUAAAAAAACAUAUGUAUAUAUUUAUUCUCACCCUAGGACACGCUUACUGAUUUUAGAGAGAGGGGAGAAAGAGGCAGAAAAACAACAGAUGUGGGAGAGAAACAUCAAUCACUUGUUCCUCAUACACACCCCGACUGGGCACCACGAACUCAGAAGUUGGGUGCAUGCCUGGACCUGGAAUCAAACCCGCCGCCUUUCUGUGUAUAGGACAACCCUCCAGCCCACUGAGCCACCCUGGCCAGGGGUGAAAAGUCUUGACUCUUAAAAAUACCCAUCUCUGGUUUUGGAGGAUGUAGCAGUUAACUGGUUGCUGGGGAUAGAUAGAUAUUUUAAUUUUUUUCAUGUAUGUUAAUGUUACUAAUGGCUGAAUUCACACUUUGAAUGAUUUCCUGAGAGCUAAAUAGUAAAUGACAGUGUUUCUCAUCGUUAGCAGUGGAGUCUCACUGUAAGGUAACAAACCAUUUUAAUGGAUUAAGAAAUUAAUGUAAGCUAAGUUUAUAUGGUAUUACUCAGCAAAUGAUAGUAUGAGUUUUUUAAAAACAAUUUCUUAAAGCAGUUACAAUAUCCUAAUUUAAGAGCUUUCAUUUCUUUUAAAAAUGGGUAGUGAUCUGGUUUACUGAGCCUGAAGGACCUUGGGGAUGUUGAAAGAAUAUAAUUUUUUCAUUAAGACAGUCAUAGCUUGAAUCCUAAAAAUUCUUUCUGAAGGUGAUAAAAAUUAUUCUUAGAAGUUGAUUUGAUAAAUACUAGUAUUUAAAGAAUCUCCUUCCUAAGUUUUGCCUAUACUUGCUGUGUAAAUAUGUAUGCCUGUUAUUUUAUUUCCUUGGUUCCUUAUUACAAUUACACUGUUUCUUUGUAAAUAAAGUGUAAAAAUACA